AUGAGUAGUGCAAGAAGUCUAGUUAACACUAUUUUUAGAGGAUUUUCAAGAUCCGUCCAUAAAAAAUAAGAUGGCUCAAAUCUAAAAAGUUUGUAACCACCUUAAUAGAUUUUUGAUUAAAUCUUCCACAUUGAAAAUUAGUAGAAAUCAUUAGAAAUGCAAGACUUAUCUCACUAACAGCACAAGAUUUUUGGAAAAACAAUUGAUAUAAUUGGUAUUCCAGUUGCACAGAAUGAAGAAAUUUCAAUGAAAAAUUUAGAAACUUUAUCAGAAUUGUGCUUUAAAACAUAAAAUAAUGAGGUUUCUUUGAUUGGCGUUGACCCUUCCUAUCACAUCAGUGACAAACGUUCGAUUUAAAAAUAAAUGAGAAAGCAAAUUCUAUAUAAAGGUCAAGAUAUCGAUUAAGAAACCAUUCUUAACGAAAAUCCAACUUAUCCAUAACAUUUAGAUGAAUUAUUACUUGAUUUAUUGCCAUUAGACUUUUAUAAGGGCUCUGAAUAAGAAAAGAUGACAAUAAUUCAAAAAAUAGUUGAGAAAUCAGAAUUAAUGAGAAAAGAUGGUUAUUUUACAUCUCUUUUUGUUAAUGAAAAUGUCGAUAUGUCCUCAGAUGCUUCUCAAGAAAAAUUAAAAGAACUUUAUGAAAUUGUAGGCGAAAGGAUAUUUGGUAAAUAAGAAAUAGAAACUUACAUGUAUCCACAUUUAUAGGAAGCAACUGUUUUAAAUAUUAUGAGUGGAAAACAAAUAUACUUGGGUUAAGUCCCUAAAAUUUAUUAACGCUUAUACAUGGCAAAUAGCAUAGAUUUAGAAUACUUAAAACAAAUGUUUAAGGAAGUUCUUAAGUUCUCUUAAAGCUAUAAAAUCAAAAGCACUUCUGAAUUUGGCAAAAUCAGUCCCAUGAUCUUCUCACACAUUUAUUCGUUUAUUAAUGACUACUAUAUGUAUUAUAUUCUUCAGCAAAUCUUAAUGACCAAAGAAUGUCAAACAGGUGCUACCGUUCUGAUAAAAUCACAUUAGGUAGAUCCCUUAAAAACACUCCUUUUACAUUAUGGAGAAAAGGGAUUUAAAAAGAAUGAAGAAAUAGUCGAUUUUAUGUCAAUUCCAGAAAACGAUUAAGAUAAUGAUGAAAUCUUACUAGAAAAACAUGCUAUCUUAGAUGUUAUUUUUUCUGAUUUAUUGUGGGAAAAGUCAUUUAUACGUAACCCAUUCCCUUAUCUUUAGGAAGACUAUUAAAAACUAAGUGUUAAAGACCGCUAAUAAAUAUCUUAGGCAUACUCAGUAAAUGUUAGAAAAUACUAAUCAGUUGCAAAAGAAUUCCUUAAAAACAAUUAAUGA